CUCAGGUUCUGAUAUCUGGGGAUUUGUGAGAGGAGUUUUGUUAAAGGAGAGAACUUUGGAGUUGGGGGUGGUGUAGAAUGAGAGAAUAUUUAUAUUGGAUUUAGAAAUGUAAGCGCAUGCUGUUUUUGCCAAAUAUUCGAAUUUUGUGAAGAUAUGAAGUAUAAGAGAGACAAGGCUUGGGGCUUUAUUAUAUUUCUAAUUUCUCCCUUAGAGGAUAACAAACUAAAGAUCCAAGAACUGGCUUAUCUUUUAAAGUAUCGCCAAUGGCGUAAAAGAUGUCUUAGGGUUACUACAUUUGGAAUUUAA